AUGAGCACAACCGGCAUGCUGGACCUCUCGCGAGGGACCGUUGGUCUCUGCGUCCUCGUCGUGCUCGCCGUCUCCACACUCUCGAGGUUCUUCCUCGCGAGCUGCCGGCCCAGGAACUUCCCGCCAGGCCCUCGGACAGUCCCCUUCCUGGGAAACAUCACCCAAGUACCGAAAUCAAAGGGCUUCCUAAAAUUCCACGACCUCGGGGCCACCUUCGGCUCCAUCAUCGGCCUCAAACUAGGCUCCCAAAACUUCGUAAUCCUAAACAACUACAAACACGUACGAGAACUCUUCGACAAGCGCGGCUCAAUCUACUCCUCCCGCCCCCGCACCUACGUCGCUAACACCCUCGUCUGCCCGGGUGACAUCCACCUCCUCCUCCUCCCCUACGGCCCCGCCUGGCGCGUCCAGCGCCGCGUAGUCCAGUCCCUCCUCGCCGUCAACCGCGUCGACGCCGUCCUCCCCGUCCAGGACGCCGAGGCCACGCAGACCCUCUCCGACCUCCUCCGCGACCCGGCGGGCUACUACGACCACGUGCGGCGGUACACCACCGCCGUCGUCCUCGCCGCCGUGUACGGCGUGCGCGGCGCCCGCUUCGACUCGCCCAACGUGCGCGCGCUGUACGCCGCGCAGGACGAGUUCACCGCCGUGCUCGAGCAGGGGGCCACGCCGCCGGUGGACGCGUUCCCCUUCUUGAAGAUGGUGCCCGCGGCGCUGGCGGGGUGGAAGAGACGGGCCGCGAGGGUGAGGAGAGAGCAGAUGGGGUUGUAUCUCUCGCUGGUGGCGGGGACGAGGGAGAGGAUCCGGGAGGGGAGGAGCCCGGAUUGCUUUUUGGGGGAGAUGCUGAGGGAUCAGGAGAAGAAUGGGUUGGAUGACGAGCAUUUGGCGUACCUGGCCGGGAACCUGAUGGAAGCCGGCUCGGAUACCACGGCUUCUACGUUACUAUCCUUCCUCCUCGCGAUGAUCAAGUACCCGAAGGAGUUCCGUAAAGCACAGGAAGAAGUCGAUCGGGUCUGCGGCCCCCUGCGGUCCCCGACGUCAGAAGAUAUCGGCCGUUUACCCUUCAUCGAGGCGUGUAUGAACGAGAACCUCCAGACCCUCCGCUGGCGCCCUGUAGCAGCCGGCGGCGUCCCGCACAUGCUCACGCAGGACGACACGUACCAGGGCUACCACCUACCCAAGGGCACCGUCCUGGUCGCCAACACGUGGGCGAUCCACUACGACGAGGACGAGUACGAGAACCCGGCCGAGUUCGCGCCGGACCGCUUCGUGAGGGAGAAGUACGGGACGCGCGACCCCGUCGACGAGAGCGCCGACGACCACCGGCGCGUGCUGUAUGGGUUCGGCGCGGGCAGGCGGGUGUGUCCGGGGCAGCGGCUGGCGAGGAACUCGCUGAUAUUGAACAUGGCCAAGAUCGCGUGGGGGUUCGAUCUCUCGCCCGGGGAGGGGGAGGUGGACGUCGACGUCGGCACGGCGUACACGGACGGGUUUCUGAUCGCGCCCAAGAAGUUUCCGAUCACGAUCCGGCCGAGGUCCGAGAGGCAUGCUGCGGUGAUUGAGGAGGAGCAGAGGAGGGCUGAGCCUUUCUUCGCAAAGUACGCGGCAUGA